AUCCAAAAACGUAAAAACGAGCGAACGAAACGUAAAUAACGAGUACAUUUUGUUUUUUUGUAAAGUUCUUUGGGGUUUUUGCCUGUAAAAGUGGCGUAAAGUGCGACAGCUAAGCCGGAAAAACGAAUAUUUCACAGUAAAAGUUAAGAGUUGUCUGCGAGAAAGUCGUUCUUUCUGUGAUGCGAGAAUCUACCGGAGAAGCAUUAGAAGAAAAGUUAAUAAAAAUGAUAAAAUAAUUGUGUAGACCUAUAUGCAUGUGACGUUGAUGGGAGAGAACCGCAAGAACGCUCGUGCGUGUAUUUUGAAGCAUGCUGAUUUAUUGUGAAGGCCAGAACUAGGGUCCCGGAUGUGUUGAAAGCAUCGAAGGUGACUUCGGUGACCCCGAAACAAACGAAUAUCCCCGAAAAACUUUGUUUACAAGGACGAAUGAGGUCCACCAAAGGGGGGCAGCGCCUGCGCAACGCCGACUCACCGUCCUCCUACCGACUCUGGGACAGGCCAGGGCUCACUUUUAUACCUAAAACACUAUCCAGGUCAAACAGUAUGAAGUUAAGCUUUACUUUAACACCAUUAUAUCAUCUGAAACCGUUAACAAAAGAUGUGAAAACUCGAAAGCUGCCUAUUCCAAAGAAAAGACACCCUCCGCCUUCCGAACUUUGCAAAGGCUGCAGGGAGGUUAUCGACAAAGUAAGAGAGCGUUACAAUAAAACCUGGAUUAAGCAGUUCGAAGAUUAUCGAAAAUUCAGAUCUGAGCUGAGCAAAAAGUGCCAUGGUAUCAACGAUGCAUUAAUCACCCAGGCCAACACCCCGGUGGGAGCAAAGAUUGUGUAUGAUGGGGAAAAGAAGCGCUCCCUCCAGGUGACCCCGGAGAUUUUCAACACCUUCCCAAAGGAGCAUCCAUUCCCAAACAAAAUAUGGAGAACAUGUGCUGUUGUUGGGAACGGUGGGAUCCUGUCCAACAGCAGCUGUGGAAAUAUGAUUGAUUCAGCGGAGUUUGUUAUAAGGUGUAACCUACCUCCCCUGGACCACGGCUAUGAGAAUGAUGUAGGGAUCAAGACUGACCUUGUGACAGCAAAUCCAAGCAUCCUCAUUAACAAGUACGGGUCUCUACAGGAGCGUCGGCGUCCGUUUGUGGAAAGUCUGCGUACCUACGGCAACUCUUUACUGCUCCUUCCCGCUUUCUCCUACGCCUUCAACACGCCUUUGUCCCUGCGGGUCGUGUACAGCAUUGAGGACUUUAAAAGCCCCGCCCGGCCUGUCUUCUUCAACCCCGAGUACCUUGAGAAUUUGGGCCUCUUCUGGCGCUCCAAAGGCCUAAAAGCACCAAGGGCCAGCACCGGCCUAAUGAUGGCGAGCUUGGCGCUGGAACAUUGUACCGACGUGCAUCUUUAUGGGUUCUGGCCCUUUGGUAAUCACCCCCAGGGACUCCAUGCGCUGACUAACCACUACUACGAUGACGUACAACCUAAAAGCGCAGUCCAUGCCAUGCCGGUUGAGUUUGAAUUUUUGUUGCAGCUGCACAGUCAGGGCGUGCUCAGGCUUCACCUGGAAGAUUGUGAACCAGGUUUCAAGUAGCUCCCAAACCCAACCGAAGGGCUGGAGAGAAGUGCUUUUAUUAAAGCUGAACCGUUCAUAAUGUCUUUCAUAUCAUUUUGAAUGAAUGGACAGACAGUUUUGCGGCUCGUGACAUGUGUCCUACAAGGUGGAUGCUCGGACUUGUAGUGAAUGCUGAGUUGGCCGAUGAGCAGCACUAAAAAAAGACCUCUUUUACGUAGCAAAAGAGACAUUUGCACUAAAAUCAAACAAUUAUAAGAAUGUAAAAAUAGAGCUUCAAUGGAUCUAAAUCGUAUUUAUUAACAGGAGAAAAGAUAAUAUAUUUUAAAAUCCCUUGUCCCUUGUUUGGGAUCAAACUGAAUGUAUUUAUUAGAAAAUAUAUUUCCUGUUG